CUCUAUCAUCCCACACCUCAAAUACUCGAUCAUCCAUUUCUUCUUUUCUUUGAACUUAAAGUAAUAUUAGAAUCAUGGGUGUUUUCACUUAUGACUAUGAAUCUACCUCUCCAGUCGCCCCUGUCAGGCUUUUCAAGGCCUUUACUAUUGAAGCCGCCAAGGUUUGGCCCACAGCUGCCCCUAAUACCGUCAAGAGUGUUGAGGUUGAAGCUAAUCCUAGCUCAGGAAGCAUCGUAAAGAUCAAUUUUGUUGAAGGCCUUCCAUUCCAAUAUAUGAAGCACCAGAUAGGAGGACAUGACGAAAAUAAUUUUUCAUAUAGCUACAGUUUAAUCGAAGGUGGGCCCUUGGGGGACAAGCUUGAAAAAAUCAGCUAUGAAAACAAGUUUGAGGCAGCUGCAAGUGGAGGAAGCAUUUGCAAAAGCUCGAUGAAAUUUUACACUGUUGGCGACAAUGUAAUCACUGAAGAUGAAAUCAAGGCUCUCAUUAAAGGGAGUGAGGGAGUUUACAAGCCUGUUGAAGCUUACCUCUUGGCUAAUCCCGAAGCCUGCAACUAAGAUAUAGAUUGCUUUGAAUUCUCAUGCUGCUUUUAAAGAGUGGCCAUUACUUUCAAUGGUGUGUUUUUUAUAUUUUCUCUUUCCACUUAAAACUUAAACUUUCUUAUGAUUAUUUUAAUAAGAGCGGUGGUGGUGAUCGAGCUUUGAUCAUCUUUAUUUUCA